UAGUAUCUAUCUCAUAAAAUCAACAGUUUUUCACAAAUUAAAUAAAACAACUAUCAAAUACAUUAUUUGCAAAAUGAGAGACCCUUCAUCAGAUAAAGCUGCGUCUGCAGAUAGUGCACUGCAAGAAACUUCGAUGGUUGAGGCAAUCGGCGGAGAGACACCAGCGGCUUUACCUGGUCUUGACUACGAAAUAGAAGCUAUAUUACAAGUACCUGAAGUAGAAGAAUCUCCAUUUGGCCAAUAUGUAAAGGACUGUCCAGAAUGCAAAAGUGCUGUACGCUGUUACUUCAUAAACUUCAAUGAAAAAGUAGUAAUGUGUGAGAACACAACAUGCUCGUGGCCUUUCGGCUAUGAAGAGCCUCAACGCUUUAAACAUGACGAGGCCCUCUGUGUCGAUGAUGAAGUUGAGAGUCUCAAGGUCAUGACAUACGGCCCUAUACCUCCUUCUGGGUCGAUUAUAUCGACAAUGGCUUGGUCAGAAAUGGACCGGUCCAACAAAGGUCUGGACUCGGAGGAGCCUGGUAGCACUCCGACGCACCAGAGCGAUGCAGCCAGGGAUGCCAGGUUACAGGAGGUCUUGAAACAGAAGGAGGCAGAUCUACAGACAAAGAAAAACCUUCAGGAUAUUAAGAAGUUGAAUGUUCAGCUCCAAAAAACCUAUGAAGAUGAAGAGGAAAUAUCAUGCAUCCGCAACGAAAAGUGGAUUAAACAUCUCAACAACUUGCAGAGCAUGUCCGGUAUCCAACUCCUGCGGAAAGAAGAGAUGGCUUUACUUAAAGAAAGCAAACCUCAGGGUCUAACUAUGAACAUAAAUGCGGAGAAUACUGCGAUAAUUAUCAAUUUAGCUCCGUCAACGGAGCUUUGUACAAUGGAAUCAACUGCCUCAGAAAAACCAAGUGCUUCAAAGGAACUUACCUCUAUAAAAGAAUCAAUGGACGCAACGGAAUCAACUGCUAUGAAGGAACCAACUGCCUCAAAGGAACCAACUGUUUUUGAACCUACUGCCAUUGAAAUAAGUACAUUAGAAGAAUUAACUGUUACAAAUGAACCGGUCAGGACAGAAGAUAUAGUUACCGCUCCUUAG